CUGAGGGGAGCUGGGUGUGCCCAUGCCCUGCUUUAUUUAUAAAAACCCUCCUCUGCUUGCGCCGAACGCAGCAUUCAACUUCAACUCCUCCAAAAUUAAUUCAUUUGUUUAAAAAAAGAUCAAGAGGUAAGAUGAGUCUUUCUGCUAAGGAAAAGGACAUAGUUAAGGCCUUCUGGGCUAAAGUGUCUGGCAGGGAGCAAGACAUUGGCAGUGAGGCUGUCGCCAGGAUGCUGACAGUGUACCCCCAGACCAAGACUUAUUUCUCCCACUGGAAGGACCUGAGCCCCGGCUCUGCCCCGGUGAGAAAGCACGGAGGAAUCGUGAUGGCUGCAGUUACUGAUGCUGUGAGCAAAAUGGACGACCUGAAAGGAGGUCUUUUAAAACUCAGUGAGCUGCAUGCUUUCACUCUGAGAGUGGACCCUGCUAACUUCAAGAUUCUCGCUCACAGCCUCAUUGUGGUCCUGGCCACCGUGUUCUCCAGCGACUUCACCCCUGAGGUCCAUAUGGCUGUGGACAAGUUCCUGACUGCUGUGGCUCGUGCCCUGUCUGAGAAAUACCGAUGAACUUGCGCAGUGGCGCAGAUGAUGGACAAGAGCUAGUGUCGGAAAUUCACUGUUAGUCUGAAUAAAUCAAAUGCAAUGAAA